UGUAAUUUACAUUUGGAAUUUGAAAAUCGUGCUACGUCGGAUGCAUGGUUGAACGAGAAAUACGCAAAGUAUUUGCGUAAUUCAGUAUGAGACAUUGCCGGUAUAGUCAUAGCCACUGUAUCUACCAUAAUGUAUGCACCAUUUUGGUAGGUUGACAUGAGAAAAACUCCCCCCAAACACCUCGUUAGCCACAUGAAUCGAACGCACCCAAUCUGUUUUACCGUUGGCGCGAUGUUUUGAUAUUUCUGCAGUCAUGUUUUCUGUAGCUUGAUGAAGUGUCAACUGUGCAGGUACUGUAAGCGGUUAAUAUGUUAGAUUUCGAUCACUAAAUCCGCUAUCUAAUAACCUGUAUGUUCAGUGCAAAAAAAAAACUGGUAGUCAAGUUCGCUAGUUUUAGCUGCAUACCUCAGCUACCUGAUGAAAAACUAGACAGUACUGUACUGCAGCUACCGUAGCUAUUGCGAACGUUGGAAACGUAUCUUGUAAGUACAGUACUUAGAAUGUUCAUAGUAAUGCCGAAGAAGAUUGAAGUUUUCAUGCUUUUCUAGAUAAAGUACCAUAAUGUCAAUGAAAAAAGACAGUCCUAGCCAACAAAGAAAACUGCUCUCCUUCUGUGGAAAUAUUCUCACGUUUCACUGCAAACGCUCCGCUCCAGGGGAUGGCGAAAGUCGAAGAGGAUUAGAACUGGCCUUCAGCAGACUGACAUUUCAGCGGGACGCCUGCUCCUUUUCAAAGGCGAAUUCUGGUAUAGCCGUCAUCAACAAGAAUAGUUCAUCAAAUGUUGAUAUAGUGGCAUGCACCUUAGCCCUACAUGUGAAAAACAGAAUCACUUCACCAAGCAUUUUACUGGUAGAGAACAAAAAGCGGGAUGUUUUCAAUUACAGUCUUCUCACUCUCAGUAGUUCAAAUACAACAGAGACACAUAUGGAGUUCAAACUGCCAUAUCGCAUUAAAGACGAUGUUACUAUCUUGCAAGGGCCUACUGCAUUAUGGAGCCAUGACGGUUUUGUCUUUUACACAUUCCUGCAGUCUGGUGAAAUUAGACAAGUACCCAUCAAGCUCUCCCCAUUUUUUAUUGGUGAAUUUCACCUCAACAAAAGGAAAAUACUUGUACUAGGUUCCCAGACACAAUGCCUGAAUGAUCAGUUGGCCACUUCAGGGGGGAGUGAAACCCUGGGGUAUUUUGUAGAAGAUGGACAAGUAUUUAACGGAGCUCUGAUCUUACCUCAUGCCUAUAGUUCUAUCACACAGUGUAUGUGUGUGGUCUCUGCUGGAGAGGUGAAUAGUGUAUUCAAAUCGACUUUGGUGGCGGCAACCAGUAAAAAGCAGCUGGUGUAUUUUGAGAAUGGCGUUCCCAGAGAGGUAUGCAGACUUCCUUUUGAAGAACCUGAGCACAUUCAGAUAGUCAACACUGGGCGGAACGGAUGUCUGUUUGUCAUCUCUUUCAAUGGCGGACACGUCUGUACAGUAUGGAAGGACACCUUUCAGGUAGCGUUGUGCUGGUCAAAUGUGAGCUCCCUCCAUGUCGAUGACUUUGUAGGCUGUGGUACCGACCAGAUGCUGCUGGUCUUCAGAAGCCAGAGUGCCCCUGUGGGUUCAGUGGAUAAUUUUCUCAUCACAGAUCUCUGCGGGACAAGCUACUCUCAUGGACAGGAGAGCAGUGAAGGACCAAAUGCUUCGGAUACAGCUCCGGAGAACUACCUCUUAACUGUCCAAGCGCUACAGUCCAGACUUCAGAGUGGCUUGACGGUGCUCCAGGAUCUCCAGAGAGAUGUGAGUGUAAAGGAGAGGGUUCUACGACAGUCACUCCAAUCCCUCGCAGACAUGGUCUCCGGAAGAGAACACAUUCUUACCCAGACAGAGCAGGAAAGCCUUGUUUCUCUGUGGGAUGAAGAUGAGGAAGAGGCCGUGGAUACAAAUAAUCAAAUUGUGACAGGGAUUCGACCUCCUCCUGUGGAAAAGCUUUGGCAUCGUUUUAUUGAAGAGCGCUUGGUUGUAGGCGUGAUUCUUACCGCAGAGUGUGUCGACUCAGUGGAGAGCGUGACUUUAUCCAUCCUGACAGAGGGAGGCCAGAGCCGGGUGCCUGUGGUCAUCGAGACCCAGAGCCGAGGGUCCUGGUUCACCCCGCCCAGGCCCUCGUCUCACCCGUCUCACCCAGAGCCUGCAGCCAAGAGGGGCAGGCAGGAUGGCGCCGGCGGAGACAGUGACACAGUCACACAGAAACUGGCAGUGACGGCUGUGACUGACCUGACCCCUCUGCUGACCUCUGGCAGUGUCAGAUUCCCCGUCAUGCUCCAUUAUACCCAAAGACAGGAGUCUUCUGGCAGCACAACGGCCCCAGGACCAGCAGUGGUCCAGUGCGGUCAAGUCCGAGUUGACAUCCAGGCCAAACCCCGCCCCCAGCUGCUGGAUGACAGUCGACUCACAACAGGUGAGGCUGUAGAGGACCUGCUCAGUCUGCUGGCCGUGCUGGAGACGUGGACGUUCCUGAUCUACUCGCCUGGCCACACCCUGUGUGACGUGGCAGGCUGGAUCCAGAGAAGCGUGCCCUGUGAGAGGCUAGAGAUCAACCCACGGUACCUCCUGACCAACCCGGCCGGGCCGUCUGCUGCCAUGCUGUUCAACUGGGAGCAAACAACACCCUUCCAGGGAAAAUUAUCCGUCCAUUGCAGCCAGUUCCAGUUGCUGCGGUUCCUGGACUCGCUGUGUGUCUUCCUGCCAGCGUCUUGCUCAGUCCUGCCCCUUAGAAACAGCGGGGGGAAGGGGACAUCACCGCGGCUGGCCCUCUCCUUGGAGAAAGAGGUGCUCUCACUCAAACAGGGCGUGUCUUCUCUGCUCUGCGGCGAGGAGGUGGGGGGAGAAGGGAGGAAGAGCAACGGCGGGAGAGUGACGGAUCCCCCUGAUCCGAGCUCUGCCGAUGGGCUUCGGGGGUGCAGGGAGGAGUGGGAAAGGAGCACACUGAGGAGCAGGAGCAGCUUGCGCCCUCUGGUGGACGUUGAGCGCUAUCGCAGGCUGACCCGGAGCCUGGCCCAGGCACGGCUGCAGGGAGAUCUAGCUGCCCUGCUGAAGACACAUUUACCUGGCGCCACACUUUGACGUGUUCAGUUCAUUUUAUUGCGGUGCCGUCCUUUUGCAUGACCGUCGUUGCAUUGCAGGUUUAUGCGUGUUCCGUUUUUAAUGUUCUCUUCAGUGUUCAGCGAAUGCCUUGUGAAAUGGAGAGAACUGCUAAACCAGAUAUGAUACAAUUCCCCCUGUACUUGAAUCAGUCUGCUACUGUAUGAACUUGGCUCUCUCUCUCUCUUAGGCCUCUUCCUGUGCUUCACACCUUUAAUGUGUGUGUGUCUGUGAUAGCUGCCUCUCUCUCCUGCCCAGCUCCCCUCAGACUGGCUGCAUGUGAUAUACACUCUUUAAUGUCUGUUGCUUUUCACUGCCCACUGGGAGAGAUGGGCUUCUUACUGUGAUGUGAAGUGGGAAAGGGCUGUGUGUUCAAAAUGAGAUUUCAGGAAGUAAGUGGAUGGACAAGGUCUGUAGCUUCCUCCCUGGUUAGGGUCUUGAUGUGUCUGUGAAAGCUUUUAGUGGCCACUUCCGUACUUCUUUUCAGUUUCUGUUUGACUCUUUAAAAUAAACCAAUUUUGGAUGAUGUCAUGGAGUACAGUUGUGUCCUUCCUCCAAGGAAACAUCAGUGUGUGUAUUGUGUUUUUUAAACAACUUAUGAGUAAUUAAGAUUGGUGAGUUCUGAGACUGCUUGGUUAAAAUUAUCUGUUAAGA